CACAGCAUGUAUCCAAAACUCACUGGCUUUAAAUGCACAAUUUUUCACUCAAAUUCCUUCCACUGUAUUUUACAGCAAUGACAUUUAGGAGAAGGGGUUGUGCAUGAGACGUGGAAGGAAAUAGCCUACCAGAGAUUUGCGCAUAAUGUUAGGUACCGAGAAGUGCGCAUAAAAAGUGUCUAGUUUUCGAACACACCGCCCCUCACCUUGCCACCUUUUCUCUAGCGCCCUGCCCUCUCUUUGAAGAAAGUCUGAUUGCUCGAAAUGUUUUUUUUACAAGACGAUUGGAGUCCGUUUAAUAAAAACAUGGUGAAGAUGCAGAGGAAAACCUCGUCAUUCUUUUAAAAAAAAGACAGAAAGCCCCAGCCCUGUCCUCAGUCAGGAGGUUGAUAGUUCAAGAGGGCGUGGACACAAAGAUGACAUUCACCACGGAGGACAUUUCGUCGUUCUUCGACGAGUAUACGAACUACGAAGACUACAACGACACCGAGGGCGACACGUGCUGCGUGGGUGGCGUGUGCACGCAGCACAGCACCAUGCGCUUUGAGGCGGUGUUCGUGCCCGCGCUGUACUCCGUGCUGCUGGUUCUGGGCCUGCUGGGGAACGGGCUGGUCCUGGCGGUGCUGGCGCAGCUCCGGAGGGGGUGGAGCGUGACCGACACCUUCAUCCUGCACCUGGCGGUGGCCGACACCCUGCUCCUGCUCACGCUGCCCUUCUGGGCGAAGCAGGCCGCCAGCGGGUGGAGCUUCGGCACGCCCGUGUGCAAGAUGGCCGGGGCGCUCUUCCAGAUUAACUUCUACUGUGGGAUCUUCCUGCUGGCAUGUAUCAGUCUGGACCGCUACCUGUCCAUCGUCCACGCCGUUCAGAUGUACUCACGCAAGAAGCCCUGGCUGGUGCAGACCAGCUGCCUGUGCGUGUGGGUCUUCUGCCUGCUGCUGUCCAUCCCGGACUGGGUCUUCCUGCAGGCGGUGGCGGACGCGCGGAGGGACGACAGGGUGGAGUGCGUGCACGUCUACACGCUGUACUACGACAGCUCCAAGGACUGGCGCCUGGGCUCCCGGCUCCUCUACCACACCGUGGGCUUCCUCCUCCCCUCCGCCAUCAUGGUCGUCUGCUACUCCUGCAUCCUGUUCCGUCUCCACCGGGGCAGCCAGGGCCAGCAGAAGCAGAAGGCCAUCCGGGUGAUCCUGGCGCUGGUGGCGGCCUUCUUCGUCAGCUGGACGCCGUACAACGUGACGCUGAUGGUGGACACGCUGCACGACAGGGAGGCCAUCGAGGACACGUGCGGCACCCGCACCGCCCUGGACGUCUCCCGGGCCGUCACCUCCGCCCUGGGCUACAUGCACUGCUGCCUGAACCCGGUGCUCUACGCCUUCGUGGGCGUCAAGUUCCGCCGCCACCUGGUGAGGAUGCUGAAGGUGCUGGGCUGCAAGCUGAAGGGGCAGGUCCGCUCGGGCUCGCGCCGCAGCUCCGUCUGGUCCCAGUCCGGGCACACCUCCACCUCGGGGUUCUGAGGACGCCUGUGUGCGGCGUCGCCGCGCGCCCGCGGGUUAGCGACGGCUGCGUUUUUUUGUGGGGACCGGGCCUGGUUUGCCGGCUGCCAGACGGGGUUCUGCUGUUUAUAAACUGAAUUUUAUUCAGUAUGUAUGCAGCGGUACAAUAUAUAAUUGGAUCAUGCGAAAGAAAUACAAAGAAUAUUAAAGGACGUGAAAAUAUACAAAUAAUAAUGGUGAUGAUAAUGAUAAUAUUGAUAAUAAUAAUAAUAGUCAUAAUAAUAAUGAUGAUGAUGAUAAUAAUAAUAAUGAUAAUAAUAAUAAUAAUAAUAAUAAUAAUAAUAAUAAUAAUAAUGACAACAACAAUAAUAAUAAUAAUAAUGACAACAACAAUAAUAAUCAUAAUCAUAGUAUCAUUGUUGAUACAGAAAUUAUGGAACAGUUUUAUUUGCUCUAGUUGCUUCUGAAAAUUUUUUUUUAAAAAGCUUUAUUUUUUAUAUAUAUUUUGUUUACUUUGUCAUUUUAUCAGGUUCAACAUAUAAAUCUCUGAUUAUAAACUUAUAACGUUGAAACAAAUACAGGUUCAGUUCUUUGUAAAUACUAUUUUGGCAGUUGAAUCAAGUGUUUUUUGUGUUUUUUUAUAUUUUUAUAUAAGUUUUUUAUACUGUUUUUAUAUGUUCAUACUAAACCUUUCAGCAUUCUAAUAAAGAAGUUCUGUUCAUUAUUUUA